AACAAAUUCAGACCAUGUAUACAUCUGAAAUUUCCGACGAAAUUUUAUAAUGUCAAGUGGACACGCUUUAAGUUAGAAGAAAUAACGUCGAUAUGAAUUGUACAACAAAUUUGCAUUAAAUUCAAACAAAAUGUUUACAAUCACAUCAUAUAUUUUGUAUAAAUAGACGUUUGUCCCAUAUGGCGGGGCAUAGGUUCCAUUUUCCUUCCACAAAGUACCAGGGUCAGAAGUUUCUGCGAAGGAGAUGAUAGUUUCGAAUUUCAAAAGGGCCGAAAAUCUUGUGACGAUCAAGGAAGAGAGGAAACUGGAAAGAUGGCAAGAACUUUUUUCACAUUUAUUGCCUUUUUCUACGCACUCUUGAGUGUUCAUGUGGAUGCAUACUCCAAGAGAUGGAUUUGGUCAACUGACUGGAAUGACCCAAAUAACUGGGACAAACAGAGAUUGCCAUGCAGCCAGGAUACAAUUCAGCUUACUGAAGGAGUGAUAAUUGUCCGCAGGAAUACCUCUACAGGAAAUAUGGAAUUAUCAAAGAAUGGAGAGUUGGUGCUUGGGGAAAACACUGAAUUGUCUGUUGGAGGCUCGGUGAGCUCCUCUGGUGUAGACAAAAAUUGUCCAAAAGGAGAAUCUCUUCAAUUUAUUGGAAACAGAGCAAGAAAUUGGUUUAACCCACUUAACUGGAAAUUCACAGAAAAUGGAAAGAUAGCUUCUUGGUCUAAUGGUACUUUGUAUAUGGACAGAGUUCCUUGCAUCAAUGAUCAAGUUUAUUUUCCAGAGGGAGAUGCCUUCAAAGUUUCGUUGUCAAACAAGGCAGAGGUUGCAGAAAUUUUUCUUAGCAAAAAGUCUGUUGGAGACAUGUCAUCGUAUUUGUCCUCAAAUGAAGGCCGUCUAAGGUUUACAUUAUCAUCUGGUGGCAGUUUGACAGUAAGCAAGAACGUUUGCACACAGAAAUUUGGCUGUCCUUGCGGCUAUGCGAAUAUGAAAAAAAUGAUUUGCUCUUCAUUUGAAUGCCCUCCUACGUGCAAUAAUAAAGUCAAGCCAGAAGGAGAUUGCUGUGAAAGAUGUGGUUCACUGCUAAAGAUAAAACUUAACCAAAACUUUAAUUUAGGAGUUUGUCAAAGAUCCCUGCAAAACAAUUUAGUGAAAGGGGGUUUCAAUGGAGCCACACUUGUGAUUUCACCAAUAGCGGAAAACAAUGCUGUAGAAAGAGCACAGAUUCUUAUUACAGAUAAUGCCAAUGGAAGGGAUGUUGGAAGAGCAGCCGAUAUUACAGUCUCAUAUUUGCAAGCUGGGAAAGACAACGAUUGCAGUGUUUUGGAAGUGAAGAAGGACACAGAUUCUACUAGUGGUAAUACUGGAAAAAGCACAGGCUCGACACAAUCCUCCUCGACUGUUGCCUUGGCCGUCACGCUUACACUUGUUCUGGUCCUCAUUUUCCUGGCCGCUGGCUAUUUGUACUAUCGUAGGAAGAAUGGAUCACUGAUCUUCAGGAAGCAGGUAUUGCAUAAUGAAAUGGAUAUCACUGGCACAGAGCUUACCGAUACGCAGUUUUCUGGCACAGUUUUGGAUUAUGAUGACAAUGUUAUAGAAGUUCCAGGAAAAAGUGGUGCAUCGUUUGCAAACCCAAUGUAUGACGAGGCGAUACAUCCGGGACCUGCAGUAAUUGAGGCAAAUUCAGAUUCUCCUCACCUUGAGCCAGUCAAAGCCAAGCCAUUGCGUAAACAGAAAAAAGAAAAAUCAAGCAAGUUGUUUCCAAAGGGAAAAUCUAAACAAGGGAAGAAGGAAGAUGAAAAUGCCUUCGAAAACCCUGCCUAUUCCGUUUUCGGAAAAGACCUGGAUGAUUCCUUUGAUCAAACAUACAAUGUUCCGGUGCCGGAUGAUUCCGGCUUCAGCAACCCGGUAUACGGCGACAUUUAUCCUGAUAGCCCAACAGGUGAUAUUGAAGAGAUUCAAGGUAACCUGCCCCCGAGCUUCCUUGACAAAAUAGGGUUCUCCCCAGAUGACAUGGAUGAAGCCUUGAAUGAUGCCAAUCAAGUAAGCUCCAGCAAAGUUGCCCCAGAGGGCGUUUGCAUAGGCAUUAUGGAUGAUGAUCUUGAUUUUGGCUUUGGAGGAAAGGAGAGUCUGAAGCUUGAGGAUGUUUUCUGUUGUGAGAAACUCUUUUGUUUACAGUUUUGCACUUUUAUUUGAUUCUGAUUAAAUCUGAAUUUUAUUACGCUUUUUAUAACCAUAUGCAAGUCCAUUCCAGCUUGUGUUAAAUCUUGAUUCCCUAAAAGAUAAUUCCAAAUUCCAUUAAAUUUGUAUAGAAAUUGAGCUGUAUCUAAAGACAAAAUGGAAUGAGUUAGCACAGAUCAGCUCGUUAUGACGGGCUGCCAUUUCAUAGAUAUGUGCUAGCCAGUUUCAUCGUUGAACCUCUUGAAACCUGCAUUAUUGCAAAAGAUUUGGAAUUCCUUUUAGUGAUUUUGCUUUUUUGGUUCUACAAGCAUUUUCGCUCUUUUCAUUUGCAAGUCAUGAGCGGUUACGAAGGCAAGAAAAUACUUUGUUUUUCCCUGAUCGAAUAAUUGACCAUUAAAUUUCGACGCGAGCAAUCGAUGAAUAGAUAUUUUCUGUUGGAUAUUUCAAAUUGAUUCCCUCUAUUUCUCUGCCGGAAACGUGAUGAAAAGUCAAUUAUGAAUAAUUAGAAAAGGAAUCAUAUUUCACACUUCAAAUCUGGAAUGGCCUUGUGUACUCAGAUAUAGGCAUAGUCAACCUUGCAGAAGUCAAGUAUAGAUGCAAUGAAUCGUAAACAGUGAUCUUCAUAAAAAUACAGCCAUGCCUUUUAUAGAUGCCAAUCUCAUUUGGUUUUGUCACAGUUGCAAUUAAAGAAUUUUCCAAAACUGUAAUUCACGAAUCCCAGCUCGAAAUCCUUCCGUUACUCGAAUAAAGAACACUUUCACAGAUCAAGCUUUUAGUGAAGAAAACCAAGAAAAUGAUACACAAAAGAAUAUUUGAAUCGUAACUUCUUUGAUAAAUUCAAAGAAGCACUUUACAGAGGGGUGAUGGUGGAAGCUCGAAAUGGGUAAAAGAAGCAUAUACUUUCUUGCAUUUGCAAAUGACUUAAGUGAGGUUGACGGCAGUCCACAGGUAAUUGUGAUUCAGGUUUUCUAUAUUUUUAUAUCUACUGAUUUUCUACAAGAUAAUUCCUAUUUUUGUAAACAUUGGCAAGGCCAAAUUGAUUUUAGUAGCUAGAGCUAGUCUCUAAAGAUAGGUCAUGCUUUACCUGUAAUCGAGGCUAUUUGAUAUGAAAAGCACGAUCAAUA